AUGAACAAAUCUAAAGGUAAAAAAAAAUACAAGCAAAAACACAAAGUUUACAAUAAGCGUUGCUAUAACGAUAGUGAUAUACCCCCCGAUGAUUUUUCAGGUAGUUUAAAAAUUUUUUACCAAAUGUGCUUUCGUAGAUUUAAUACGUUAAGUGAUUUUUAUUUUUUAGAUGAUGACGACUCUAUUAAUAUUUCUUUUCCUGUGGCCAUGUGGGACUUAAAUCAUUGCGAUCCUAAAAAGUGUACUGGUCGGAAAUUGUUGAGGCACAAUCUUAUUAAAACACUUCCACUAGGUCAAAAAUUUAAUGGGGUUGCUCUUACACCAGUUGGACAAAAAUGUUUAUCUAAAGAAGAUCGAAAUCUCAUAGAGUCAUUUGGUAUAGCGGUUGUUGAUUGUUCUUGGGCAAAAUUAUCGGAAACUCCAUUUCACAAAAUGAAAACUCCAUAUCCUCGAUUACUUCCUUGGCUGGUGGCUGCCAAUCCAAUUAACUACGGGAAACCGUGUCAGUUGUCAUGUGUCGAAGCUUUGGCUGCUGCUUUAAUAAUUACAGGUAGUUUUAAUGAUGAAGCUGAUUUUUUUCUAAGCAAGUUUAAAUGGGGUCAUUCAUUUACAGAGCUUAAUCAAGAGUUAUUAGAAAAGUAUUCCGAUUGUGAUACAAGUGCUGAAGUAGUUAAAAUUCAAAAUGACUUUUUAGAAACAGAGUUUGCGAAAAGAAAUAAAAAUGUAGAAGAUAUAUUGUGUUCUAACAGUGAGGAUGAAGGUGAAAUUACUUCUGAGCUAAAUGAAAAUAGCAGAGUUGUAGAAAAUGAAAGUUUUAACAGUUCGGUUAAUGAAAAUACUGAUGUCUCAGUCAAUAAUACUUCUAUACAAGAAGAAAAUAAAAAAGAUGCAGAAAGUUCUGAUGUUAACAUAAAGAGUCCUUGUGAAAAUAUUACUCUUGGUCUCAAUGACAGUGAUAACAAAAUUGAAUUAUCAGAAAGCAUGCAAAAUAAUGAAUCUAAUGUUUCAAACAUUAAUAAAGAAGAUGAUGAUGAUUUUAUUCCAGUAAACGAUUUCAAAAAUUUGUCAUUAAGCCCAUCUAAAAUUGAAAAAAUGUCUCCUUUAGCCUCCUUUACAGAAGUUUCAGGUUUGAUAAAAAUCUUUUUUUUUUGUUAUUCCAGUUAA